AUGGCCGACCAAGCAGACAAGAAGAAGGUCGACAAGGGCAAGCAGCCCGCCACUAUGCCGCCAGCGGAGACGGACGUCACCGAGACGAACGUCACCGAGGCAGACGUCACCGAGGCAGACGUCACCGAGGCAGACGUCACCGAGGCAGACGCCGAGAACUUGGCUGUGGACCACCAAGACCAGCAGAACCCUGACCAGGAGACUGCCGCUGGCGAGGUGUCUGUUACCGAGACUGCCGCUGGCGAGCCUACCGAGGAGGCGGCUUCCUCCUCCGAGGGAGCUACUACUGCUCAAGAAGCCUCCGCAGGCCAACAAGCUCAACUGCUGAAGCCAUGGGAGCAGCGUGCUCUUCGUAACGGCAGAACGCCGCUCCCCGACUCCCGCCCUCCCAUCGCCGGAGAGUCCUCGGCCUCGGGCAGCCAGGCGCAGCCGACUCGUCGCGCCCCUCGUCCUCGCUGGCGUAUCGCCGACAUCCGCCACGUCAUUGAACUGGCCCGCGGCGGCAUGGCGUACGCCGACAUACGGGCGAGAUAUUACCCUGAGCGCACCAUUGUCGCUGUUAGCCAGGUCUACUAG